AUGUGGCUGGCUUUGGCUGUAACAUGCUUAAUCCAACAAGCAGUGACCUCAGGAGAAUCCAUAAGCGGAAGACAUUUGCAUCCGCAACGUUUGAUGAACAUUAGUCAAAUUAUUCAGUAUUGGGGAUACCCUAGUGAAGAAUAUGAAAUCUUGACAAGUGAUGGCUAUUAUCUCAAAGCAAACAGAAUUCCUAAUGGAAUACACAGUCCUGAAAAGACAGGGCCUAAACCAGUUGUGUUAUUGGUACCUGGUUUGAUAACUGAAGGAAGAUGUUGGCUUAUCAAUCUUCCCAGCAAUAGCCUGGGAUUUGUUUUAGCAGAUGCUGGCUAUGAUGUUUGGAUAAUAAAUAACAGAGGGUCUACAUGGUCUAGAAGACAUCAGAACCUAACAAUUGACCAAGAAGAAUUUUGGGAUUUCAGUUUUCAUGAAAUGGGAAUUUAUGAUAUUCCUGCGUCUAUAAACUUUAUACUGCAGAAGACAAAGCAAGAUAGUUUAUAUUACAUUGGUCAUUCCCAAGGUGCUUCACUGGGUCUUAUUACUUUUUCAACCUCGCCACAGCUUGCUCAGAAAGUAAAGCUUUUAAUGUGCCUUGGACCUGCAUACACACUGGAGGACAUCAAGGGAAUAACAAAAUAUAUUUUACUACUUCCCUACAAAGUUAAAAGAUAUUUAUGGGGCAAUAAAGAAUUCAGUAUGCUAAGCAACCAGGCCAAAAAUAUCACUGCCAAUCUGUGCAGCUACCCAGCAAUAGACCAGCUUUGCACCCAAGUAUUUUUCUCUUUUGCGGGUUUUAAUGAAAACAAUAUAAAUAUGAGUCGAGUCGAUCUUUAUCUUGGCAUUUACCCUGAUUUUGCUUCUGUGAAAACUGUAUUUCAUUGGACCCAGGUUUCAGAAUCAAAUGAAUUUAAAUAUUUUGACUACGGAGACAAGAACAAAGCUGUUUACAACAUGACCAAGCCUCCAUUUUAUAAAAUUGAAGAUAUAACUGUGCCAACAGCUGUUUGGAAUGGUGGGAAUGACUUCGUUGUGAGGCCAAAGGACAUCGAUCAUCUGCUCCCUCAACUUACUAACUUAGUUUUCCAUAAGUAUAUUCCUAGCUGGAACCAUGGUGAUUUUAUCGUGGGCCUUGAUGCUCCAAAAUACCUGCACAAGGAUCUUCUUCAUCUAAUGCAGAACUACAAAUAAAUACAGAUAGAAAUUAUAUCUGGCAAUAGAGGAUAGCAGUAUUUCAGAUCUGAUGUGGAAAAUAAACAGUUUAUAUUUUCCACAUCAGUUUUGAAAUAUUGCUAUCCUCUUUUGUCAGAAAAUGUCUUCCAGGUACUUUGCGCUCCUAUUCCUUCCUCACUUAUGCUCUAUUUUCAUUACAAACUUUCUUCCCCAAUCUAUCUGGCUGUCCUUGUUU